ACGCUCCCUGGUGUUCUUUCACCGCGUACUACCAGGGCAAAUGGAAAAACUGUGACCUGGGUUGCCUAGAUGGGUACGUUUACCAUGAACCUAGUCGCCUGUGCUACAAUGCCUUUAACAACGAGACAACCUACAACGGUGCAGUCAGUAGGUGUUCUUCAGACGGGGGAAACCUUGCUAUGCCGCGCGACACUGCAACCAACAACUUCCUCAUCUAUCUGAAAAAUGUCGUCGACAAGAACGCUCGGUUCCGUAUCGGGCUGACUGAUGACCAACAGGAGGGAGUGUGGAUGUGGGACGAUAACGUUCCUCUGGGCGACUUCACAGCUUGGGGUCCGGGAGAACCCAACAACUACGUUCACGAGGACUGUGCCGAGUACACCCCCGGAAGCUGGAGCCCGUCCAACACAUGGAACGAUGGAUUCUGCACGUUUGACAACAGGAAGUUCAUCUGCCAAGUCUCUCCAUCAGGACAAUGGCUAGAGCGGGAUUCGUCAUGGGUCCUAGACUCCGCCUGCACACCUUGGGUCGAUGGGAACGGAGUGACAUAUGAUGCCGCCAAAGCCUUUGAUGGUAACAUUGGGACCCACUGGAACCCAAUCGGUAAUGGCGCCGGCGAACGGUACUAUAAUAACUGGUACAUCGUACUGGACCUCACUGCGUCCCACACUCUGACCCGCAUCGCAGUCAACAACUACGGAGACAUCGGCCAUGACACUGCCGCCUUCACCCUGCAAAAAUCUCAGGUCGGGAGUCCAUACGCCUGGGCGGACGUCGUGUCUGUCGAUAACGUGACCGGAGGGACCCGGCAGCGCCAGGAGUUCGGCAAUUUCCGGGGAACAGCGCGGUACUGGAGGUUCGUGGUCACACGGACCCACUCGGGCUGGCAGCCAUGGCUCCCUGAACUGGACUUCUUCGGAAUCUCACGAGGUAAAGGAAAACAUCAUUACCUC